UUCAUUAUUUACGCCAGACGAUAAAUCUGUCAAAAUACCGUGCCAUUGUGUAAUACCAUUAUUACAAGACUACCCCUCUGGCUCUGAGAUCCUCGUUCUUCCCUGGGCUUUGUGAAGAAAAUGAAGGGCCCGAUUCCCUUUCUCUUUUCCUUAAUUUUCAUCUUCUUCACUGAAGUCGAAUCCACGAGCUUGCAGUUGCAACCUCGAGCUUUCGGAUCCUUUAACGUCAGUUACAUUCAGAAUCUGAGGAGCUGUUCUUAUACGGUGGUGAUAACAACAAGCUGCUCCUCUUCCAAAUACACUCGAGAUCAGAUCAGCCUCGCUUUCGGUGAUGCUUAUGGUAAUCAGAUAUAUUCUCCAAGAUUAGAUGAUCCGGGGACGAGGACAUUCGAACGGUGUUCAUCUGAUACAUUUCAAAUAACUGGACCCUGUGCUUAUCAGAUUUGUUAUGUGUAUCUGUAUCGAAGUGGCCCUGAUGGCUGGAAACCAGAGAGUGUAAAGAUUUAUGGGUAUAAUUCAAGAGCUGUUACAUUCAUCUACAAUGCUUAUAUUCCUGAUGACAUUUGGUACGGCUUCAAUUUGUGCCAAAGCGCAUCGACUUCGAAUCAUCAAUCUGUUUCCAGAUGGUUUGUAUAUGUAAUUCUGGGAUUUGCCAUUACUUUUCUUUUGUAAGUUUUGAAUUAUCAUCUGCUAUUAUAAAUUCAUCAGUUGCAUAUUGCAGAAGAAAUAUUUGUAAAAAUGCUUCCAAAUAGUCAGAAGCACUUUUUUCAAUCUUUGGUUGAGAAAAAUUAUCUGGGAUUGCAUUUGAAUGUAUCCUCUAAGAGCCAAGCUCAAGUUUAAGUUCGGUUUGUCUUAAAGCUA